CCGACUCGUCCCUUUAACGCCCAAAAUGCAUUCGUGCUGAGCAGGUGAUAUCAUAUAUGUCGUCUUAGAGGGCACAUUGUCCAAAAAGAAAAAGUGAAAUUCUUCUAAUCCCUCUCCGCCUCUCUCACCCCAUCCCUCGUCCAGACUACUUUACAAAAACAAAAUCUGAUUUCACGACAACAAAAGCCUUAAAAUCUUCGACAGUUUGGGCAACUGCGAAAACCCGAGUUUGAAAAUCUCAUUUCAAAAUCACCAAUUCAAUCAUCGUUAACUAUUUAAUUAUUGUAAAAUUCGAGGGGGGCUAUGGCUGAUUAUUCCAAGGAAGAUUUCCUGCAGCUGAUCAAGCGUCUUGGCACUUUUUUCACCAUCAAGACUUCCAAUCUUUUCCGUAAUUUGGAUUCACGAUCUGUUGGGGCUAUAGCUGGGCUAGCAUUUGCUGUAGUUUUUACUUGGAGAUUAUUGAGAACACCUAGUGGAUCGGAAAGAAGGCAACCGAAAUGGCAGGCUUCUACAACUGGGAGUUCUGGCUCUAGUAAUCAUGCAAAUGCCACUUUAAAUGUGACAUCUUCAGGCAUUAGCAAUUCUUCAGAAUAUUCAAGAACUCAGAAUGUGAUAGAUGAGUUCUUUCAGCCUGUAAAGCCAACUCUUGGUCAAAUAGUUCGUCAGAAGUUGAGUGAAGGGAGGAAGGUAACAUGCAGGUUACUUGGUAUAAUUCUUGUAGAAAGCAGCCCAGAGGAGCUGCAGAAACAAGCAACUGUGAGAUCGUCUGUAGUAGAGGUGUUGCUUGAGAUCACAAAAUUUUGUGAUCUUUAUCUCAUGGAAAGGGUUCUGGAUGAUGAAAGUGAGAAGAAAGUUCUCAUAGCCUUGGAAGAUGCUGGGGUCUUUACAUCUGGUGGCUUAGUCAAAGACAAGGUUCUUUUCUGUAGCACAGAGAUUGGACGGACAUCUUUUGUGAGACAACUUGAACCGGAUUGGCAUGUAGACACAAAUCCUGAAAUUGUUACGCAAUUAGCGGUCAUACUAGCAAAAUAUUUUUCUUCAAGCCUCGUGACUGGUUGAGGAACUAAUAUGAGUACGAGCUGAGCUGGAUUGAGAUAACACCUUUUGUUUUACGUUGAAUGGCAACAAAUUCAAGUCUACAACAAUCAAAACAAGUUCCAACUACUAAAAGCUGUCAUUGAAGUGAUAUCAAAUAAUAGUUACCCAGGUGAAAAACAGUGGUGCCUUCCAUAAGAAUCGAAUCAACAACACUCCCCACUACUACAAUUAGAUCCUUCAGUUCUAUGGUGAAGCAUAAAACAGAGGAAUGUUCACUAUAAUUGGGCAGGGGUAAUCUACAUUCCUCUUUUUCUGAUUUGAAUUUCAGGAACUGGUGUUUGGGUUUUGUAAAUAAUUUCUUUCAAUGUCCAAACUUAUAAUCCUUAAUUUAAUAUAAUUUAAGCUGAGCCACGUUGUUUGUGUCCUGUUUUUGACUAAGAGGUUCCAUUUCUAAUUAUUGUUUGAGAAGAUACUAGGUUUUGCAAAGGGAAGAGGGUUCCAAUUUGUCACCAUCCCCAAAAUUGUGCCCACUUUCAGAAAUGGAUAAAUCUAUUGGUACAUAAUUUUG